AUAACAACGCUAACUCUAAUUGUCCUAAGAUAACAAACUUUCUCAUCUCAUAAGUAGCAACCUGGACGAAUAGUGUGAUGAUUGUGUCAUACGAUCGACAAAAGCCCUCUAUGGACCUCAACUAUAAUAACUUUACAAUAACAACCUUAACCUUAAUCGAAUGUGUACUAGGGAGGAGGCGAUACAUUGCGACCGAUCCUAAAAAAUGAAACCUUUUCUGUAUUAUAUUGGUGUACAAUUAACAAUCCGUUGUAGUCUAGUUGGUUAGGAUACUCGGCUCUCACCCGAGAGACCCGGGUUCAAGUCCCGGCAACGGAAAUUAAACUCAUUUUUUUUCCCCGAAUAUCCUGCAUUAUACGAACGUACCUUUCGCAUAACAAGUUAUACCCUUGAAAAAACCCAUCCAUAAAAUCCCCAAAAACCUCACAUUUCCCCUAAAAAAAUGGCUUCUCUUUCUUCCCUUUUCACUCCCCACCCCCUCAAACCCCUCACCCCCAAAUUCCUCCCAACCCGAACCCGAAUUUCGACCCGACCGAAACCCACUCCCAUCUCCGCCGUGUACAACCCAAUCCCCGCCACAGACCGCCUUAUCUCCGCCGUCUCUUACUUCCUUCCAUUCUUCAACGGCAUUCAAUACGGCCGUUUCCUCUUCACUCAAUACCCUUCCCUCGCUCUCCCAUUUCAACCUAUUCUUCCCAUCCUAUCUUUCUAUCGGUCCAUACCAUACGCCAGCUUCGUCACUUUCUUCGCUCUCUACUUAGGUAUUGCCCGCAAUGAGAGCUUGAACCAGUACACUCGCUUCAAUGCCUUGCAAGCUGUUAUGCUCGACGUUCUCCUCGUUCUCCCAAUGUUGAUUCAAAGGAUUUUUUCUCCGGGUCAGUCGGGUUUAGGGCUGCAAUUUACUGUUUGGAUGCAUAAUGGACUCUUUGUGUUUGUUGUUGGUUGUUUUGUUUAUGGUCUCGUUGCUUGUAUUCUCGGAAAAACUCCUUAUUUGCCUUUUGUUACUGAGGCUGCUAACAGGCAAAUGUAGCUUCUUUUUGUUAUAUGUUGUUUAGUUUGUUGAAAGAAAUUUUGUCCAUGUUUGAAUCACAAUCUCGAUUUGUGUA